AUGAGCGGCGGGGAGGUGGUCUGCUCGGGUUGGCUCCGAAAGUCCCCACCGGAGAAGAAGUUGAAACGCUACGCAUGGAAGAGGAGAUGGUUUGUGCUUCGCAGCGGUCGCUUAACAGGGGAUCCAGAUGUAUUGGAAUACUACAAAAACGACCAUGCCAAGAAACCAAUCCGAAUUAUUGACUUAAAUUUGUGUCAACAAGUGGAUGCUGGAUUAACGUUCAACAAGAAAGAGUUUGAAAACAGUUAUAUUUUUGAUAUCAACACUAUAGACAGAGUUUUCUAUUUGGUAGCAGACAGCGAGGAGGAGAUGAAUAAGUGGGUUCGAUGUAUCUGUGAUAUCUGUGGGUUCAACCCUACAGAUGAGGAUGCUGUGAAACCACCAGUCAGUUCUUUACAACCAUCUGCUGAGUUACCUUUGCCCAUCAACACUUCACCGCCUUCCAUACAAGCAGAAUCUUCCCUGCCUCCUCCUUAUCAGCUUAUUAACAUCCCCCCACUGGAUUCUUCCUCUGGUCAAGAAGAUCCUCAAGACUACCUACUGCUAAUAAACUGUCAAAGUAAAAAACCUGAACCUAUGAGAUCUCAUGCUGACUCUGCAAAAUCCAGCUCUUCCGAAACAGACUGCAAUGAUAACGUGCCCUCCCACAAACCCCCUGCUCCAUCAGCGAGCAAGCAUGCUGUGAAUGGCUUUUUUCAGCAGCAAGGUGUCUAUGACUCGCCACCCUCUCGUGCUGGACUGACACUGGCAGACUGCAGCCUUUAUAACCUGCCUAGGAGUUACUCACAGGAUGUUUUACCGAAGGCAGCAUCUCCAUCUGGGACUGAUGCAGAGGGAGAGCAACACGUUUUCAGUACCCCGUCAACAACAUCUUCGCUGGACGCACAGAUGAGACACGUCUCCAUUAGCUAUGACAUUCCCCCCACACCUGGAGGUACUUAUCAGAUUCCACGAACUUUUCCAGAGGGAACCUUGUCUCAGACUUCCAAACUGGAGACUAUUCCAGAUAUUCCUCCACCUCGGCCACCUAAACCUCACCACGCCGCAGAUCGCUCUCCUGUGGAAACAUGUAGCAUUAGUCGCACUGCUUCAGACACUGACAGUAGCUACUGCAUCCCGACAGCGGGAGCGCCGCCCUCACGCAGCAAUACCAUUUCAACUGUAGACCUGAAUGUCUUCCGUAAAGAAAUUAGUUCUCAAGACUGUUAUGAUAUUCCACGAACCUUUCCGAAUGACAGAUCUAAUUCAUUGGAGGGCUUCCAUAACCACUUUAAAAACAGAAGCAUGUUGACAGUGGGAAGUGUUUCAAGUGAAGAACUAGAUGAAAAUUAUGUCCCAAUGAAUCCCAACUCUCCUCCACGACAGCAUUCCAGCAGCUUCACUGAAACCAUCCAGGAAACAAACUAUGUACCAAUGACACCAGGCACGUUUGAUUUUCCCUUAUUUGGAAAGCAAGUUCCUCCUCCUGCUCACAUGGGGUUCAGGUCCAGUCCAAAGACCCCUCCCAGACGCUCAGUACCUGUUGCAGAAUGUGAGCCACCGCCAGUGGAUCGGAACCUCAAACCAGACAGAAAAGGUCAAAGUCCUAAAAUUUUAAGACCUAAAGCACAUGGUUUAGAGCGAACUGAUUCACAAACCAUAGGUGACUUUACUACAAGAAGAAAGGCAAAACCAGCUCCACUAGAAAUAAAACCUCUGCCUGAAUGGGAAGAAUUACAAGCCCCAGUUAGAUCUCCUAUCACCAGAAGCUUUGCACGAGACCCCUCCAGGUUUCCCAUGUCUCCCAGACCGGACUCAGUUCAUAGCACAACUUCCAGCAGUGACUCGCACGACAGUGAAGAGAAUUAUGUACCCAUGAAUCCAAAUCAGUCCACUGAAGACCCAAAUUUGUUUGGAAGCAACAAUCUUGAUGGAGGAAGCAGCCCUAUGGUAAAACCUAAAGGAGAUAAACAAGUAGAAUACUUGGAUCUCGACCUAGAUUCAGGAAAAUCUACCCCACCUCGUAAGAAGAAGAGCAGUGGCUCGGGCAGCAGUGUGGCAGAUGAAAGAGUUGAUUACGUUGUGGUCGACCAACAGAAAACACUAGCACUGAAGAACACACGAGAGGCGUGGACUGAUGGGAGACAGUCUACAGAAUCCGAAACACCUACAAAAAGCAUGAAAUGA